GCCAUGUCUGUCGCCCAGCGGUCUCGCUGCUGCAUUCUUCUCCACCCUCCAUCGUUCCUUCCUCACUUCAAUCUCCAACGAGCCAUCCAUCCAUCUCGGAGUCCGCUGUCCACAUGCCGUGUUUGCAUCUUCUUCUGCUCGGCCCGUCCAUCUCCCUUCGUUCGUGUGGUUGCAGCUCAGCCCCAAAGAGGACUAGAUCACACAGCCGCCGUCAUGUCGAAGCUGGUCCUGUUGGCCCUCGCUCUCGCGACCUCUGCGGUGUCAUCGGUAAGUGACUGACAGCAGCUGAGGGAGGCCUGCUGUACAGUACACCUGUCCUGAUGAUUGAUUUGUGUGUGUGGCUCUCAUUUCUCACUCAGGCACCCGCUCUGGGCGGGAACCUCGCAAGCUGCAAUUUGGCAUCCCUACCUAGCAUCCCUCCCCCCAGCAUCCCCAACAUCGACAGAUCGGUGAGCGACAUCGUCAACGACGCCGCCCAGGGGGUCCGGGAUGCUGCUGAACGAGCAAGACAAGAAGUCGCUGAGAUACGCGAGCCGCAGCAAGAGGUCCAGGAGGCGCCGCAGGCAGUGCGGGACGCCGUUGACCGAAUCAACCCGUUCCGGAGGCUGCAGUUCGGAGGCGUCUCUAUGCCUUCGGUCCCUGCGCCUUCGUUCUCUGUGCCUGGUCCCCCUUCCGUCAAUGACGUGGUCGACGCUGCGCGGGACGCCACGCGGCCUGUGGGGGAAGCAGCAGAGAACGUUGUCGACGGGGCGCGGGAUGCUGCUAAUGCUGCCAACGACGUCCGCUCAAGAGCGCAAGACCGCCUUGCAGAAGUUCGCGACGAGCUGGUGGACGUCACUAAAUUCGACGACUUUGUGCGGGAGUGCACGAAUCGGGCGGAGGUCAAGGCGGACGUCAAUGGGAGAUACGAGCCGCGAUGCAGUGCUGAUGUUGGAAGCUUUCCAUGCGGCGAAGUCUUCUGGAGUGAGGGAGGGAGGGAGGGAGGGAGGGGCACACCAGACAGACGGCUCAUGUCACCACAUGAGGUGUGUGUGUGUUUGUGUGACUGUGUGGUGGUGUAGGUGAUGUGGUUGAGUACGACGACUACCUUGGUGGAGUGGACGCCGUCGUCAAGGACGUGUUGGGCGGCAUGGGGGCCUUCACGAUCGCCUGGAUGGUGCAGCAGGUGCAGCAGCAGAUCGAGACCAUCUCUCGCAACAUGGGCGAGAGGGCCGACGGGCUCAUCGACUACAUCACUGACGACUUCAUCGAGGACCUCGUCAAGAACCCUGGCCAGAUGAUGGAGCGUGUGAGGCAGAAUAUGAAGAUGGACAUCGUGUUUGAGGUGGCGACCUACAACAAGGGGCAGUGCAUCUCCGUCCCUGCGGUUCCCGGUGUGAGGAUGCAACGGAGGAGCGCAUUCCAAUGCCGAACAUUUGGCCUUCUGGAUCUAUCACGAGUAGAAGUAGACGAUGGUGGAUCGUUGUUUGUUCAUGUGGCUGACCGGCUGGUGCUCCAGCCGGCCGGGAUUGUUUGUACGUGUCUGUCUGUCUGUUCAUUUGGUUGUCAUAUCUAUCGUGCGGGUGUUUAAUCUUCGUACGUAUCGACGGCGGCCUUUUCUUUCCGCCGGUGCGUGUUGUGUCGUGUGGUGUUGUGGGUGGCUGGCGAGGCAAUCUGGCCACGAGAUCGAUCAGCCCACCCAUGUGUAUUCCGUGCAGUUAGGCACCUCGUGUGAUUUAUGGGUGUGUUGUGUGGCUUGGACGUUCGUACAGUACCGUUGUUGUAGAGACAGCUGAGCUGGCCCGGCCCAUCCAAGAGAAGAGCGGUUGCGGCACGCGUGUCCGCCCCGCCCUCCCCUGUGUGUGUCGUACUGACUGUCUGAAUGGCUGUCUGUGGUUGCUGUAUGUGUCUUGUCGUACGUGUACGUGCCUAUCACACCUGCGCCUCGUGUGUGUCUAUCUGUUCAGUGCCUAAGUGCGUGGCAUACUUAAGAGAGGGCAUCCCUCCAUGGCCCUCGCUGCCUGACGUGAUCGAUCGCAGUGCGUGUGUGGGGACUGUGGGUGUGCCUGGACUGGAAGUGCCGUCCAUCUGCUGCAUGAGUGAUGCUCUUAUGUGAUUCGUGAGAUAGGUGGCUGAUAGCUAGUGUCAUCUCCAUGUGCUGCUGGAUCUCGUCUGUCUGUGGAAUGCGAACCUGGGACCUUGAGACGACCAUCAAU